GGCUGCACUUCCUGCUCCGGAGCCUGUUCUGCGGCUUACCUGGGCCGGGGAGGGUGGAGGGAGGCUGGGUGCCAGUCCAGGUGGGUGCCAGGCUAGGGAGAGCGCCCGCCGACCAUCCUGCCAGCCCGGCUGUCUUUAAUUGUUUUCUCUUGUUGCAGAAACUAGAAUGAACCGAAGCAUUCCUGUGGAGGUUGAUGAAUCAGAACCAUACCCAACUGAGUUAUUGAAACCCCUCCCAGAAUAUUCCCUGGAAGAGAAACCUGCACUGCCUGCUCCAGAUCUAAGGAACAUGGCACCCUACAGUGGAUCCACAUCCCAAACCUUUGCCUCUUCCUCAGAAAAUUUUUCUCAGGCUCACCCAAUUUUGAAACUUUUCCAGCGCGAGCAGCCUAUCUCCCAGCGAAUGGCCCACCUGCGUACUAAAGUCUUGGAAGAGAGUGAAGACAGCUUCUGGAGGAGACCCCCAGAUCCAGGCAAAGAUUUUUCUUCAGGCUCCUCUGUACUUAAUGGGCCUGGCACUGAGUCUGUGGUCAGAAGCCACCCUGCGGAGCAUCAGUUUCCAUUUACGGAUAAACAUCAUCCAUGGCUGGAGUCUCAGCUUUCAGCAGCUUCUCCUGACACUGGCCAUGACUCAGACAAAUCAGAUGGAAGUUUCCCUAAUGUUUCAGCAGAGUCCUGCAGGAAUAAUCAAGUCACCGUGCAGCGGCCCAGACCCCACAGGAAUCAAGCUGCCCCAGAUCUGCCAACAAUAGACACGGGGUAUGAUUCCCAGCCCCAGGAUAUCCUGGGCAUCAGGCAGCUGGAAAGGCCCCUGCCACUCACUUCAGUUUGUUAUCCCCAAGAUCUCCCCAGACCGCUGAGGUCCAGAGAGUUCUAUCCAUUGGAAGUACAGAGAUAUCCCGCAUGUACAGAGAUGCUGCCUCCCAACCCUUCCCCGGAAGCUCAGUGGAAUAACCAUUACCGGUGUCCUGGAGGACCUGAUCAUCAAGUGCCAUACGGCCAGGACUACCUUCAGGCGGCCUACAAGCAAGUGAUCCAGUCGGCCCUACCCAGGCAGCCUCUGUGUGGAGCCAGCGUGAGGGGCCCUCACCCUGUGCAGAGAGUCUUCCUGAAUUACCCUGGGCUCUGGGACCAAGAAGAGAGGCCAGUACAGAAAGAUUUCUCCCUACCGGGGAUCUCAAGGGACCAGCCACAUAAGCAGUCACCUAACAGAGCCAGAGCUUCUGAGGAGUCCCUGGAGAGCCCUGCAGAACUGAGAGCACAGGGACCCCCAGCUCCAUCCCCUGCUGCUGUUCCUAGAUGCCCUAGUAACCCUCCAGUCAGAGGAACCCUGAAAACCAGCAAUUUGCCCGAAGAAUUAAGGAAAGUCUUUAUCACUUAUUCUUUGGACACAGCCAUGGAGGUGAUGAAAUUUGUAAACUUCUUGUUUGUAAACGGCUUCCAAACUGCAAUUGACAUCUUUGAGGAUAGGAUUCGAGGCAUUGAUAUCAUUAAGUGGAUGGAACGCUACCUCAGGGAUAAGACAGUGAUGAUAAUAGUAGCAAUCAGCCCCAAAUACAAACAGGAUGUGGAAGGCACAGAGUCGCUACUGGACGAGGAUGAGCAUGGCUUACAUACCAAGUACAUUCAUCGCAUGAUGCAGAUUGAGUUCAUUAAACAAGGAAGCAUGAAUUUCAGAUUCAUCCCUGUGCUCUUCCCAAAUGCUAAGAAGGAGCAUGUGCCCACCUGGCUGCAAAACACUCACAUUUACAGCUGGCCCAAGAAUAAGAAAAACAUCCUGCUGCGGCUGCUCAGAGAGGAGGAAUAUGUGGCGCCUCCCCGGGGCCCUCUGCCCACCCUCCAAGUGGUUCCCUUGUGACCCAGCAGCCUGGCUCACUGGAGCCUACUGUUGACACCGUGGGGAGCUGUUCUGACAAACGUCUUCUCACAGAGGCUCGCUGGCAGCACUCACUGCUGCUGCUUCUCUGGGUCUUCCUGGGGAACCUCUGACCCCAGAAAACUGCCUGAAGAGGACGCUUCCUCCUGCAUCCUGACAGUCUGGCUCAGAAACAGGAGGACUUUCUGCUUUCCCUCCUGAAAAUCCACUGCAUGUCUUUCUAGUCUGAGGUGCUCGUUUCUGGCCCUUCGGUGUUUUGCAAGUAGAUAAUAUGAGUAACAUUGCAACAGACAUAAAUGACCACACUCUCCCUCACCUCCUUUAUGAGUUAGUCAAAUGUGUCCCCAAACUGACUCAUGUACAAAUAAUAAAAUGUUGUUUUGUAAGACUGUA